GCCCAACUUUACACCUUUAAAUGACUUCCCAGCCCUCAUUACGAUAAUUAAUAACAGAUAAACAACAAGAUACCUACAAUUGGGCUCUGAUGGCUGAGGUUGUAGGCAUAUUGGGAAGUGGUGCUGGAAUCGCUAGCCUUGGAUGCCAAAUCUUUAAAAGCAUUUACAAAUUGCAGCAGGUUUUAACAGACAUUCGGAAUGCUCCACAGGAACUAAAAACUAUUUUAGAGGAGAUUGCUCUGGUUACAACUAUCCUUAUCCAGAUUUCGGAACGUCCACACCUUUACACUAUUGGCCGAAGCCAGAGUGUGGCUAGAGACCAGGCUGUCAUUUACUGUGAAACAGCGUGUAGGCAAUUAUUUACCGUCGUCUCUGAGAUAGAAAACGAGAUAGGAGAAUCGAAAUGUCGCUCCCGGUGGCACUGCUUCCUAACAGUACUAAAAGCAAAAAAGAUUACAGACCUUGUUAAUAGGCUAGAGAGAGCAAAAUCAAUUCUUGCACUUGCACAGCUCAUGUAUCUCCAAUCCUUUGAGAUUGAGAGGCUAAACCAGAAAACAAAGAUCUCAUCGAUUUCUACCGCAGAAAAUCCUGAACCCCGCAUGUCAACCACGCCUAUACGCCAAAAUGAAAAUGGCCAUAUCAGUGCCCCUUAUAACCAGACAACUUUUCAACUAGGGAUUGGCGUACUUGUGGUGCGCCAGGUGCCAAAUGGCAGUGGAAAAACUCGCACUUCUCUAGAAGAAACCAUAAUUCAGUUUCGAUUUGCAGACUGGUUCCUACGAUGGGCAAUUAGUAUCGCGAUUUGCCCAGAAAUCGAGAACGUAAAAAUAACGAUAAGAACCUACCACCUCGUUCCUAGUAGCUCAGCCAUAUUUCAGGCCUGUGCCUUGGGCGACGACCAGACAGUGGCCCGGCUCAUCCGAGAAGGUAGAGCUUCUGCAUUUGAUAUGACUAGCAACGGGGUAACUCCUCUGCAUGUGGCCGCCGCUUGGCACCAUCCUAGUACGUGCAAGCAGCUUUUGGAACAUGGCGCAAAUAGUUCGUUGUUGAUGCAAUAUAGUACAAUCUCGUGGAACGCCCUAGGCUUGGCCUCCGAAUACGCCGGUUACUACCGUUGUUUCUUGUUUCCAGGACUGGAGGAACAUCGCCCUGGGCCCAAAGAAGACCUUAGUCAAAAGCGCGAGACGAUGCGUAUACUGACUGAUCACAAUAGUUGCGAAGUGCAUCAAGGUUAUAGGCCAGGCCAUACCGGCUAUUGGAAUGGGUCUACGUCCGCUCUGCACAUGUUUCGAGGCACUUCUGACGACUUCUUGUGGUUAUACAAGCGUGAAAAUGUGUUAAUGGACGUUAAAGACUCAGAGGAUUAUAUUGCGUCCAUUGUCAUUCAACAGACUCAGAUGUUUCCAAAUGCCUCUUUUCCAGCAGCUUUCAGCCUAGUGUCGAGUAUGGAACAUUUGGCAAAGUACAGAGACUCUUCUGGAUCAACCCUAUUGCACCAUCUUCUUAACACAAGUUCUGACAUAAAACCUGGUUUUUGGAUGAAUGGAAUCGAUACUUUUGAUAUAGCAAGGACACUACUUGAACAUGGUGCAGACCCAACAUCUCGCAAUGACCAAGGCUACACUCCAUUAAUGGGUGCCGCAAGGGAUAGCCUACUCUACUUACAUAGUAAGGCUUUAUUCUGGACGGCUGAAUCAGCUGCUAAGAUGUACUCUGGAUAUUUAACUCGUUGGAUAAAGACGCUAGAGUCUUGCCUUGUUGACGCCCGUGAGUACCGCUCUCGAGAAAUUGAAUUAGGCGCAGAGAGCUUUGUGCUAUGCCGGCAGUUUCAGCACUCCAACGACGGACUUAGCGGGACAGGACAAUGGUCCGUAAGACUUGUGUUUGGGCUGGAUGAUAUUCACCAUGGCCUUCAAAUUAAAUUCCAGUUCCAAUCUGAAGAGAAGAACGAGAGAAUGCCUGGAUCUUGGCCCAAAGAAAUAAUAUAACAUUAAUCGCCAAACAUUGACGCGCUCUUGGCGGCGCAGAGCUUGGGAAUGGG